CGCUGCUGCUUUGCGGCUUGCCUCGUCUUUACUGGACGGGGGGACCAGCCAUGGCCUUACCUCAACUCCAUCGCCCUGACCUACCUUACCACCUUACCUGAUUCUCAACUUCUCUCCUCCAGAGUAAACAUCGUCACAGCCUUCCCAUCUACGACCUCAUCACUCAGGUGUGCUAUUCUCAUCCCAUAGCCUCCGAUAUCCACGCCCCAGCACAGCUUCUACAGCUCAAGCUCCAGCUCCAGCUCCCACCUUUACCCCACCAUCAACAUCAUCACCAUGGCUUCCCACGAGCAAGAGGACACCAUGCCUGAGGAGACUCAGGGCUACAAGCUCUCCCAGCCCAAGCAGAGUCUGGCCGAGUACCAGAAAAUGGACGAGAACGAUGAGUCUCUCCAGCGCUACAAGGAGUCCCUCGGCCUCGGCGGCGGCAAGGACCUCUCUGACGCUUCCGACCCCCGCGUCUGCAUCAUUCUCUCCCUGACCAUGGAGUCUCCCGGUCGCGACCCCGUCACCAUCGACCUGGCUGCCCCCGGCUCUGAGGCGACCCUCAAGGACAAGCCCUUCAAGAUCAAGGAGGGUUGCAAGUUCACCAUGGUUGCCAAGUUCAAGGUCCAGCACGAGAUUCUCAGCGGUCUGCAGUACGUUCAGGUCGUCAAGCGCAAGGGAAUCAAGGUCAGCAAGGACUCUGAGAUGCUGGGCAGCUACGCUCCCAACACCGACAAGCAGACCACUUACACCAAGCGCUUCCAAGAGGAGGACGCCCCCUCCGGCAUGCUGGCCAGAGGUCACUACAACGCCAUCUCCAGCUUUGUCGACGACGACAAGAAGACUCACUUGACCUUUGAGUGGUCUUUCGACAUUGCCAAGGACUGGUAGAGUGGACAAGGCCCCUGAUGGCCGCCCUACUCUCUCGCCCUGACAUCAUUCUCAUCAAUCCGAAAAGCUGUCUUGUCGCCCUCGCCUACAACGUCGUCUUCCUGAUUUUGUCUCUUUCCACAAAGGAGACCCCGCUCAUCGGCAGAUGAGCUCUACUGUUAUUAUGGAUAGUUUCAUGCCCGACCACGGUUGGGAGGACAUUCGUGGUGGAAAUCGAGGCAGGCAGGACAAGGACAACAUCUCACUCGUUCACUCACAAAAAAAAAAA